AUGGCGGACCAGAGGCCGCAGGACCGGCUGAGGUCCCCAGGCAUGGACUCCAAGCCCCGGUACUGUAACCAUCCGCCUUCCAAGUGCUUCGCGAAGGGCAAGCACGGGCGCCUGAGGUUCCCAUCCGUGGACACCCAGAACUGGGUAUUUGUGAGGGAGGGCGUGGACAACUUCCGCUACGGCUGUCCGUCUCCCGAAGACACACUCGUUUGUCACCAUGACGAGUUUUUACUCCCCAAAAUAUCUGUCAGAGGUCCCCAAGCAGACCCCAAACGACGGCAGAAAAAGCUGCUCAAGAAAGCGGCGCUAUUUUCCAAGCUCUCUCCAGUGCAGCUAGCACGGAAGGCGUUUGUAGAGCAAGUGGAAGCCGAGCUCAUGGCCAAGCAUCCCUUGGCCAUGUACCCCAAUCUGGGAGAAGAUCUGCCUCCAGAUCUCCUACUACAGGUGCUGCAACAGCUGGAUCCUGAGAGGAAGCUGGGGGACGCUUGGGCUUGUUGUGAGGCCCAGGAGAAGACAACCGAGAUACCCACCGAGCCUGCUCAAUAUCCCCGUGGGGAGUUCUGCCCGCGGCCUUUCGAGACUGGCAUGUCCCAUCUCCUCCCAGUGCCUCCCAAGAUUCUGGUGUCCAGUCUCCGCCUGGAGCCUCCCGAGACUGGAGUGACCCAUCGGCGCCCGGAGCCUCCCAAGACUCCUCGGGGGUCCAGUCUCCACCCGGAGCCUUCCGAGACUGGACUGUCGCAUCUCCGCCUGGAACCUCCCGACACCACUCGGGUGUCCAAUCUCCUACUAGACGUGCUGAAAUUGCUGGAUCCUGGGAGGACGCUGAAGGACGUAUGGGAUCGUUGUGAGGCCCGGGUGAAGAAAACUGAGGAACCCAGCAAGCCUGAUCAAUGCCCUUGUGGGGAACCCUGCCUGCAGCCUCCCGAGACUCCGGUGUCCCAUCACCACCCGGAGCCUCCCAAGACUCGUCGAGUGUCCAGUCUCCACCCGGAGCCUCCCAAAGCUCCAGAGUCCCAUCAAUUCUCGGAGCCUCCCAAGAUUGGAGCAUCCUGCAUGAAAGAACUGCUUCAGGAAGAUACACCAAGCACAAAAGAGUGCGUUUCUGACCCUCUUCAAUAUAGAUACACGUCGGAAAAACUCCGUGAAUUCUUCAAGUGGGCUGCAGACCUGGGAGUUGAUGAAGAAACAAUCUGGAAUCUGUUUGACUUCACCACCGAGUACAGAGCAACCCAUGACGACCAAAAGAUUAAGAAGGUAAAGGAGUGCUCCUCAGAGCUGAAGUACAGCAUGGAGCUAGAUGAAAAGGAUGAGGACAAAUUCUUCUCACAGGAAAAAUACCGGGGCAGGAAAUUCCACAGGCCAUCGAAUGCUUAUACCGCUCAGCCUGUGAAGAUGAGGUAUGGAGCACGGUACCUCAAGCCAAAGUUGUGGAAGAAGCGAACAAGUGAUGAACCUUUGACUGACCCCAAGCUCUUACUUAAAAAGCCUGAUGAACCUGACAUUCUUGACGAUCUUUAUGGACCAAUUGCCUUUAAGGAUUUCAUUCUAAGCAAGGGCUAUGAAAUGCCUGGAAUCCUGGAAAGGCUGUUUGCCAGGAAGGGAUGGACUGAUGACUCUGUUAAGACUCCUAUUCAACAUGCAAUGAUAUUUUACAAGUACGAAGAAAUCGUAGAGUCAUCGGAAGAAGAUUAGGCGCUUUUCAAUUUACUACUCAGUUGGGUAUUUCUUGCUCUCAUUUUAAUCAUCAAUCAUAAUUUAUGAUGACUGGCC